UCACAAGCUGUUUUGGGUGACGAGCUCCUUGCAACACAGGAUGAAAAUGAAGCUGCAGUGGUUAAGCGCCUAUCACACUGGGCACUUUUUCCUCCGACCUCCUACCUCCGACCUCCGAUUUCAGGCGGUACCGCCGACACCUGCUAGCACACUCGCUUGUUUACAUCCUACCUCCAGCUCCAGCAGCAAUGGCCAACCUGUUCCAGCUACUGCCCUCCAACUCGAGUAAUAUUGUCGUCGCAGCACUGCUAUACGAGCGAUUUCAUCUUCAAGACAAGAAGAAGAAACGGGCGUGGAGACGGCAGUGGCUUGCAAGGAGAGAGAACCUUGGGGUAGCUAGCAGACUCCUACAAGAGCUUGCGUUGGAAGACACCGAAGGCUACAGGCAGUGGAUGCGGCUAGAUAAACAUCAGUUUCAAGAGCUUCUUAAAAUGAUAGAGCCCACAAUUAGGAAGCAAGACACAAGGCUGCGGAAGGCUGUCGCACCUGAAGUGAGAUUGGCAAUCACCAUGAGAUAUCUAGCUACAGGAGAGUCACAAACAUCCCUUGCCUACCAGUUCCGGGUCAGCCAGAACCUCAUUUCAUCAAUCAUCCCUGAGGUGUGCCAGGCAAUCUACAAUGCUCUACAGCCCUUAUACGUGGUGGUUCCGAGGACAGAGGAAAAGUGGAAGGAAGUGGCUCAGGGUUUCAACACCCUCUGGAACUUCCCAUUAUGUGUGGGUGCUUUGGAUGGGAAGAGAGUGUUGAUCCAGAAGCCAGCAAAUUCUGGAUCUUUGUAUUUUGACUACAAAGGGGACUUUAGUAUAAUCCUAAUGGCUCUGGUGGACUCUGACUACAAAUUCCUGUAUAUAGAUGUAGGCACUAAUGGGCGAGGAAGUGACGCAGGAGUUUGGAGUAGGUGCAGUUUGUCUGCUGGACUAGAGAAUAAUUCAGUAAGCUUGCCACCACCUGAGUUUCUACCUAAUUCCAGCACUGAGUCCCCAUAUGUAAUUGUAGGCGACGAUGCCUUUCCCUUAAAAACGUACCUCAUGAAGCCAUACCCUGGCUUAGAUCAACCAGAUGAAAAGAGAAUUUUCAACUACCGUCUGUCUAGGGCACGGAGAGUGUCAGAAAACGCCUUCGGGAUUUUGGUCAGCAGAUUCCAAAUAUUCCGGCAGCCAAUCCGCACAUCUCCAGAAUGUGUAACAAAAAUAGUUUUGGCCUCGGUUGCACUUCACAAUUAUUUAAGGGUCACAUCACGGGAUGCUUAUGCUCCAGCAGACGGGAAUGAAAAUACAUCUAGCGGUCAUCAUAGAGGCGUUGCUGGUGUCUUGCAGAACUUUCAAGCGGUGCCCCGAAGACCAGCCAGGGAUGCUGUGCAGGUGAGACAAAAACUGAUGGCAUACUUCAACUCAGUUGGCACGGUACCAUGGCAGAGGGAAAUGGCACAUCUACACUAAAAAUGACGGCUGGAGGGGUUGUGUCAUUGCAGCGACGCACCCCACGGCGUAUGCUCCCCGUUAGUUAGUGAGUGCAUGAGGUGGGAUAUGUAAAAAGUUGGGAAUGUAAUGUAAACAGAAAGUAAAUGUAAAAUUUCUUCUGCAUAAUUUGGGCUCCGAAUCUUUUUUUUUUUUUUUUUUUAAGAUUCCUUUCCGUGUUUGCUUUCAGAUUAAUUACCACUGAGCCCACUGGACUCAACCAAUGUUGAAAAUAAACCUUAAGAUAAUUGAUAUUGAUAUGUUUAAUGGCCUCAGUGUAACAAAUAUGCUUCAUUAAAUACCUACAUGUUCAUUCACAGCCUUUUAGUCCAUUGGGCAAUAGCUCUCUAUGGACUGUUAUGCCUAAAGUAGAUAUUGUUGUGGUCAACUCUUAUCACUUCAGGGCAUUACAUGAAUAAUACUAACUAAUAAUAAUAAUUAUGAUAAUGAGAAUAAGAAGUAUAAUUGAAAGUAUACAAUUAUAUAUAGGUAAUGUCAGUAACAAUACUAAUAAUAAUAAAGUUAAUACUAAUAAUAAUGCUAAUAAUAAUAAUAGUACGUAAUAAUAAUAAUUCUUAUAAUAAAGAUUAUAAUGAAAUCAAUGAAAAGACUACUAAUAAGAAUGAUCUCCCUAAUUUUGAUAAUUAAAAGACUGAUGAGGGGACUUUACUCGUCCUCAUCACUGUCUUCCAUCAAAUCCAUGCAUUUCCUAGCAAAUUUUCGUUGCCAUCUAAUUCCCUUCUCCCGCAUUCUUGCCACCACCAUUACCCCAAAACCAUAAGCAUAAUCUUGUACCGCAUUAUUCUGCCUUAAAACUUCAUUUAUUUUGUCCCAGAAGACAGAAUUCUCAGCGUCAUUUGGGGGAUAACUUGAUCCCCUCUUACGCUUCCUUUGGUUUUGAGUGGUGGGUGGCUCUUCAUCCCCUGAUGCACCUCUAAUAGUAG